GGCACUUGUAAAAACGCCUCUAAUUCCAUGUAGCAACCCUCUGACGCAUGCGCGCUGCGCGAGGUCGAUAGCGGCAAGCGUCAGUACGCGGCGCGCCGCCCCCCGAGCGCGCCGCACGGUAUCAUGACGCGGGCCCCGCUCGCGCUGUGCCUCCUCGCCGCUAUAACCCUCAGCUAUGCCGAGAAGAGUAAAUUCUAUUACAUGGACUCCUUAUGCAAGGACCAUUUCUUGCAACGGCAAUACCGCAAGCUGGACGGCGGCGUGCUCUGGUCGCGGAACGAGCGCAACCUGGACUGCACGGUGACGUUUCAGACGCACAGCAUCCUGCAGCGGUUCAUCCUGCACUUUGACCUGCUGCAGCUGGACUGCAACGACCAUCUGUAUGUUUAUGAUGGAGCGCAUGAUACGGCGCCGCCGAAGGCCGACCUGUCAUGCCGCAACACGAAACAGCAAGUAUCAGUGCUGUUCACUAGAAGCAACUUCGUGACGCUAAAGUACGUCACGGACAACUGGGGCACCGACGCCAAUGGGUUCAAGCUUGUCAUCACGGCAGUUAAGGACCCUAAACACGGGUGCAAAGAGUUCAGAUGUGAACAGAGCAAAUUCUGCGUGAGCGCAGACUUGACAUGCGACGGUGUGGACCAUUGUGCUGAUGGGUCUGAUGAAAACACCGCUGCACUAUGCCCAGAGAUUGGCGGCAGCGGCGGACGCGGCGCGUGGGUGGUGGUGGCGGCGGCGAGCGGCGCGAUGCUACUGCUGGCCGGCGCUGCUGGCGCGUGCUGCGCGUGCAGAAGGCGUGCAGACCGGCGCACGCAUCUACAGUUGCAACAACUGGCGUCGAACGGCGCCAAGCCCGGCUCACCGGCCACCGUGCUGCCGGGAAACUGGGCGCUCCCUGCGGGCCCGCGCGGGUACCUGGCGCGCCCGGGCCGCCUCCGGGCGCGGGCGCUGCGCUGAGCGCCCCGCACAAGGACGAGUGGUUCGUCUGAGGCGGCCCGGCCGGGCCCGCAGGGCGGGGGCGCCGUACCGGCCCCCUACACUUACAACACGAGCACUGGACGUGAAAUAUUGCAGUUUGUGAAAAAAAACAACGGGGUGCACUCCGGGAGUGCCGGCAGUAGUGAAAACUCAACGACAUUGUAACUCAAAAUAUGAAUAACAGCGCCAUCUAGUGCAAAAUAUCUGCAGCACUAUGUAUGACUUACUUGACUUACUACGGUUAUAUUAAUACCAGUUUAAGGGAAACUUACUAGAUGGCAUUUAAAUAAAAAAACAAUGACAUUGUCCAUCACACAUGACGUCACGCGUGACGCGUUACGCUGUCUCGAGUUUAUCAUUUUUUCCCCACCUCAAAAAGUACACAGCGCCGCUAAAGAAGUUUUCACUUCAAAAAUUACUCUGAUUAAUGACUUAGCUCAUCAGACUGAUCAAGGGGCUGGCUGGCCAAGUGACAAUAGAAAACUACUACAUUUCACUUUUCGAUCGGCAUUUGUCGAUGUACAAUUGUCAUCUUGGCUAGUCCCCUAGAUCUUUCCUGUGACGUAUUGUACUUCACCAUCAUAUACAAGAGCGGCCAAGGUGCUUAAAAAUAUCUGAACGUGCACUUAAACGUCUUUACAAAUUAAUGCUUUGUUGAGAUAUUUUUGAACACCUUAGCUGCUUCAAUAUAUCUGGCGGCUAAUGUAACUUAUGAGUUUUUUUCUAUGAACUGUAAUAUUCUAUAACAACUACCCUCUUUUCAGUAAAUAUAACACGAUUGAAAAAGUGCAUACAUUUUUGCGAUUUUUUAUGCCUUUUUUCACUAUUGCUAUCGAUGGAUACUGAAAAGUCUGAUUUCAUUACAAUCAUUGUACAUCAAUUCUGCAUACAAAUUGAAUGCCGAAUUGGUGUGAAUCGUUAUAUAUGAACUGUAAAAGCUUGAAACAUUAUUUUAUUCCCAAAAAUACAUAAUUUAUAUUCAUCUUUACGUUUAUAUGUUGUGAAACUCGAUAAUUUCUCAAUGUAUAAAAGUAUUUUAAAAUAAAUGUAAAUCGCGUAUGAAGGGGAUGAAAUUAUGUUUGAAGUUUCCAAACGUUAGAGUGUAAUAUACAAGCAGAGCCGUGAGUGCAACUAAUUUGCACGCAACCACCUGCAAUGUAGUUGUAUGAUGGAAGACUGCUAUUAAGGAACGUCGAGGGCACACAAUAGGUCUUUUUUAUAAUGUUGUCUUUGAAAUAAAAAUAUCUAAAGAAUCA